AUGAGAUGAUUAAUCUGUACAUAUUAUAUCUAUAUAUAAUGCAUGCAUGCAAGUGUCAAAUGGACAUAGAGUGUGCAUGAUUGGCUAUACCUAUGGCUAUACUGCGGGACCACAACAAAGUGUGAAGGCGUUGCCAACAAAGCUUACAGAGCACAAUUAAAUGCAGCUCCUUUUUGCAUAAACAUAUACGCAGGACAGCAUAGAGCUGUUGUGCUCUCUUGCGUGUUUAGAACCAAUAAGUUUAACAUGCAAGCAAACCUUCUCCUCGCUGUCGUUUUUUUCCACUGAAAAAUCAAAGUUUACGCAAAGUUGUACAAGUACUUUCAAAGAAAGUGUGCCAAGUGCGCGUGUGUCCUUGGGGUGUCAUUUAUAUUACCUGGCGAGUACAAUGAUACUCAUCAGGCAAAAUUAUCUCCAGACAGCGUCUCCACGAGUUGCCACUGCACAAGCUCCCGAUGGAGCACCCGGCCCUUCGUUCACGCCUAUCAUCUAAUUGCAGCUACGGUGUGCUAGUCUAGCAGGUAUGUAAGAAUCCACCACCAGGCCAGAGACCAAAGUUAAAGAAAAACAAAGAUGGUGCGUGUCAUCCCAGUGCACAACUUCCUCGAGCAGAAUGUUGCUCAGACAGAGGAGCCGACGGCCAGCUGCGUGGCCAGUUGUCCGGCUGAACACUCCAACAAGCCGCCCGAAGAGUACUUGCUGCUCGGCUUGCCGAGCCACUGCGUCGAGGUGAGGGAUCUUGUGUCGCCCGAGCUGCCCUUCGUCGCUGUUUUUCCCACUGUCGAUCUGGUCACGCAGAUUCUCCACUGUCCCAAGGGCAAUUACGUGGCUACCCUCGAGACUAAGCUAGGCAGGGACAAUGCGAGCACUAGUUCCGUCAGGGUCUAUGUCAACUGGAUUAGCCAAGAGAGGCAGCCCAUGAGAGCGAGAAUCGCUGGGAGGGUUACUCCAAGUUUAAAUAGGCCGCAGAACAGUUUGGAGAUGAUCGAACUACCCCUCAACUCUAAGCCCACGGUAAUAGCUUGUUGUCAGACGACUGGCAAUUUGCUGGUCGCGGCUGGCAACACUCUCAUCUUGCACGAGUUCAAAGUUGAAACGCAAAACCUGUCCAAGAUGAAGUUCAUAGAUUUCGAGGCAAGGCCUUGGUCCGUUGGAUUACAUUUUGCACCUCUGCGCUUGGACGUUGUCGAGGACUUUGUUGCUGCUAUGGAUGCCUCUAGGUUCAUCGUGUUCCGUUUGACCAAUCCAUUGUACGAUGACAUCGAUCAUCUGAGCUCUUUGACUUCUACCACCUCUUCUCCCAAUGACAAAACGACAAUAUCUUCGGAUUUUUGUAGCAUAGAGACUGUUGACAACUCGUUGCCCGUGAAAAUCAGCAACGAGACGAAUUUGGUCAAGCAAAAAAAUACUUCUAAUCAAAAUCAAAAGAACAGUGUUGAUAAAAAUUCGAAUUUACGUAGUUUUUUCAAUUUUACACUAAGAAAAGGUAAAAAGAAUAAUUGCAUAGAUUGGGAUGGAUUAGUUAAUAAUGAAAAAGCCGAAAUGCAGCACUUGACUGACGAAGGUGUCGUUGACGAAAGCAGUCAGCCGUUUUCUGUGCAUUUACCUUCAAUCUCUUUGGAAAGGGCAGGCCCAGGUCACACUCUCAAUCCCUUUAUUCUGAAUUCAGCCGACACGGAAAUCUUUAUAAAAACAACAUCCCCAAACAGCGGGUGGUCCGAGAAUUAUAUAAUCAAGAGCAUUCUUAGGCUUAAAAUUGUGGGAUUGAAUGGAUUAUCUCAAAAUGAUAAGAAUUCCGAGCAUUUCACGAGCUUCGUUUUAAAGCCAUUGUACAUGAAAACCAACAACAACAGCCAGGGAGUGAAAAAAUCAAUGCUCAGGUCUGAAAAGUACAAGUACUUUGAUGGUGUGACAUGCUUGAUAUGCACAACCCAGGAGGGAUACAUCUAUCACUUUAACCUUGAGGACAACGACGACAGCAAUCCAACGUGUUUGACCACUUAUCCUUUCACAGCUCCAGUUACUCACGUUGCUCUAGAAUACACUUGUCUACACGCUUUUACAGAGGCUGGAUUGGAAUCUUAUACCUUACGCUUACCUCAUCACAUUGCCAAGACUACCUCGCAACAACUGAACUUAAAAACCAUUUAUCCUGAUGUUUCUGAACCCGUCUGCCUGAUUGGUUUGAGAUCAUUUGUCGGAGUGCAGCACUUGAUCAGUUCAAAAGAGCACCUUGUACUCUUGUCAAGAGCCGAAAACUCCUGGACAAUUUAUUCAUUGAGAUUACCUAGGCCGGAAAACAUUUACUACGAUAUUAUAAAUGCCGCUAAAAAUCACAGAACAACCAGUCCAUCGACGUAUCGUCAUCUAUUGGAGGAAGCUCACGCGAUGUUACGCUUAGCCAAGGACUUGGCUGACGUGCAGAGCAACGAAACCAUAGAAACGCAGAGCCACUCAAAGAUCGAGCAUCUCUACAACCAAUCGUGCGCCCUUCUGGGCGAUCACUUUGUCAAGUCCGACGUUGAAUUAGAGCGCCACCUCUGCAUUCCUUACUACAAAAUGUCAGGACUGAAGCCUAGUGAGGUGCUCACUAGGAAAUCGACGCACAACGCACCGGGGCUCGUCAUCUAUCUCACUGACGUUCUGAUGAACAUCAAAAGUGGCCCAGACGCCGACUCUCUGUUUCAAUGCCAGAACAUCGUGGACAUCAUCAGCACCGAGAGCCGAGAAGAUUUGCUGAAAAUAAUCCUGGGAAGCGUCGUUUUCAGGGAAUAUGCGACCGAUAAAUUGAUAAAACUCCUGGCCUCGCAAAACGAGGACGACUGUUCACGUCUGGCCCUCGCUCUACUUUACCUUCAAGCUGAGAAGCACACCCUCGCUAAAACCUCGCUCGACCAAGUGUCGGACAAGUUCCUCUUGCGCACCGUGCUCGGCUAUCCUCAUCUGCUCUUCGACGAAGGUGCCUUUGACUACGACGAUCAGGACAAUUUGUCGUUCUCGUAUUUCUCGGCAACGAUGAUUUGUCGCAAAAGCUGGGUUUUAGCGCAAAUUCUUACCCAGUUGAUCGAGGACGACGUUCUCAAGCUAUAUCAAGUCAUGCAGGUUUUCUUAGAAUAUUUGCCAUCGCGAGUCGGUCGUGAUGGUCAUGAUGCAGCCGCGGCGUUGCAGCAAUUUUUGGAGACGUACCUACACAGCUACUUCGCUAAGCUGCAAGAUAAAGACGAAAUCAGUCACGAUUAUGCGGUAAUUGAAGCUCUCAAGAUUCUCGUGCGAUCUUACUUGGGCAAAUUGAUGCAGUCGAAAAUAUACAAGUCGAACGAGCCUUUGAAAGCCAAAGAAUGGAAAGACGGCGAUUCUUACCUGUUCGAGAGUCAGCGGCCAAACUACUUGGACAAGAUGCCGCCCUGCGCUAAGGAUUACCACAAGAUUCUCUGUGCCGAAGAUUUCGAUGAAUUUUCGAGAGCUAACAAUGAGGAAAACGACAGAAGCGUGAGACUCGAGUAUUUAAAGCUUCAAGCUUUGCUAGCAAACGUUUUUUUGCCAGUCGAGUGUUUACACGAGGUCGAGAAAUUUCUUGAAGUCGAAAUGGUCGAAGGUAGCUUGGCUUUGCGCACUUUAUGUAUCAGGGAUACGAAGCUCGUUACGCAAAUGCUCGUUGACAAAUGCCCUCAGGCUGUUUUACCGUAUGCCAAGGAAAUGUACACCAAUGAAAUAGAAUGGAAGGUACUAGCUGAUUUGUUGCAAGAAAAAAUUGCGAAAAAUAACUCUAGCCAAGAAGCUCGUCUCUUCUUUGAGCAGACAAUGAUCGAAACUUUGAAAUAUGCAGCCGAAGUUUUGCCUUUAAAGUCUUUAUACUCUUUAUUUCCUGAAAAUGAUAAAGCCUUUCAACGUUAUACCGAAAUUUGUGAUCAGAUAGUGCACGCGGAACACGUCAAGUCUUUGAUGAUAAAAACCGGUCAUCAGUUACUAUCGACGCUAAAUUUGUAAUUCGAGCGAGGAAUUAUAGACAAAGCUUUAAAUAUAUUUAGAAUAAUUAUUCUAAAAGCACCACAACUUUUAUAACGCUUCAAUUUUAUAUUUUUCUUGUGUCAUAAAGAAUGUGCAAUUGUUUUUGUGGUGUGCACAUAUUGUUUUUUUUUGUUUUAAUUGUAAAGUAGUCACUUGUACAAAUUUACUAAUUUUUUUAGCUUUUUUCAUGCUUCCUCUGAAGCACAAACCUUUUAACUUAUACAACUAGAUGUAACUUUAACUUUGAACGCUUUAUUUACGCUGUGUGUGAUAUUUAAGUAUAUAUGUUGUUAUUAAAAUAAUUAAAUUAUAACGAAUUAUGUAGACGAUGAAAUUGUACUUUACAAAAUGUUGAUGUUACAUGACAAAGUAGAGAGUUGUGAUUACAUUCUUUAAAAAUUAUAUACACAAAAUCAGUUUAAGAGCAAAUAAGACUGUUAAAGUAUUGGAUCCUUUAUAAGGUAGUUAGUUUAUGUACUGUUUACCCAUUGUAGGGUUUUACAGAGGUUCUGUCACUACAAUUGAUAUAAUUAUUCACUAAAUUAUGCGUAAGUUUCGAAUGAGAAAUUCAAACUUUUUACUUUUAAAAUUGCGCAUUACAGUUAAAUAUUUGAACCGUUGUACACUCUAAUAAUAAUACUUAAUGGUCUCUAAAAAAA